CGGAACCGUUGUGUCAUGUUUUGGUUCUUCCCGGAAGAUUCAGUCGGCGCACUGUUAUGAUAUGAGGGAACGUUAGCGUGCAUGAGACAAGAGUAAGUCGGUACAAUGAUUUAACGAGUUUAAAAGUUUAAAAGUCUGCGGCCAUGGAGUUAAAAUGGGAUGAUGCUCCUGUCACUGGUCCUGUCGUGUUCUCGAGAGAUGUGUUUGAAAAGUUCACUCUCGCGCCUAACAUUAAAGAACUAUAUGCUCUUUUACAAAGCUCUGAUGUAAAACCCGAGGAGACGGAUGAGAAAAAGCCAGAUGGACCCUCAGCAGAAGUAAAGACUGUGAAGUGUGAUGAAGAUUCAGAUGUCAGGAACACCCUUGUAUCAGAUGAGGCCGCGUCUGAAUGCGAACCCUCUCAAAAUCAUGUUAAACCCAAACCUGUGAAAACCACUGAGAUUUCAGCUUUCCCUGAGCCGCUAGUGCCCUACCCUGGCUUUACCACCAUCAACGCAAAGCAGCGCAGGUCAUAUCUCGCCAUUCUUGGUGGCAAGCCUCUCAGAUAUUCAAAGCCUUUGAUGGAGCGUGUGAGGAAAGAGGUGACAGAGUUUAUGAAAUACCUACAAGAUGUUUCUAGAGCAUGUGCUGAUCAGUACAGCUAUAUGCCACCAGGCAGCACCCGCUACUCUGAGGAAUAUUUUACAGCCUGCUUGGAACAUGUGAAGAGUUACCCACAGUUUUACAGCAUUCAAGAGAUUACUAGCCUGACCAGUGUAAAGUUUGUGUGUGAAAUAUCUCUCAACUUUGAGAAACAGCUUCUUGCUAUGGGUAAAAUUGACAUGCUAGAGAAAAAAGUGAUACCAGAAGACUCUCAACUUGCAGUAGACUAUGAGACCGUGUCAAAUGUGGUUCCUCCAGCUAAAAAAGCAACUUCAGCACACACUGCCAUCAGCAAUGACAGUAACGUGGAAAAACUCAGCGCUACUUAUGAGCCACAAGUGUGUUUAUCCAAAGAGGCCUUCCUUCAGCUCCUGAAUAACAGCUCGGAGUUCACAGAAGCAUGGGAGCUGCCCAUCUGGGUCAAAAUGAACCCUAUGAAAGGCAGCAGUCAGAGUAAGACGGCAUACAUAGAUCCUCCCCUGCUGAAGACAGAGAUGAGCUGGAGAGAGAGGAGUCUGCUGUUUCACGAGGAGAGCGUGAAGCUGGCAUUCAAGAAGACUGUGUCACGACCCAUAUUUUUCCUCACUUCAGAAGAGCUCUCCUUAGAAAUGAACCCUCCUGAGGAAAAAAUCUCCAGGAAUGUGGUUGCAUUUGAUGAUGCUGGAAUGGAUUUUGAGACUGAUCUAACAGACUUGGAGUCAUUUGGGGAGUCCUUCAAGCCCACUAAGAAAGUGAAAGAACAGAAUGAACCAAAAACAACUAGUACAAAUCCAUCUCAACUUAUCCCAAGCCCCAAGAAACAGAGAGACUCUUUAGGUAUGACAAAGCACACCUCAGUGUCUCAAAACACUCCCACAGAACCUCUUGAGUUGACCAUGGCUCAGGAACAAGGAGAAACAAACUCCUCUUUGGCUGACGGAGGAAACGGUGCGAUGGAUGAAAGUGUCGUUUCCGAAAAGGAAAGUGCGAGUGAAGAUUCAAAAGUGUCUUCUGUUAAAUGUCCUCCCACCAAGCGGCCUAGACCGAUGAUGGAAGACAAGUUGGACCAGGUCUCGGAUUCUGAUGAAGAACGACUAGUUAUAGAUCACAUUGUCUCCCCGCAGAGACUUCAAACCCAGGUGACACCAGGUGAGACGUCCUCCCCCCAAGCACCCGACCCUGCAACACCAAGCCCCACAAACCCUCUGGGCAAAGGAACAAAGAAGGGCAUCAAAAGACCAAGAAUAUCCAGCGAGUGCGAUCAGCUUGGACAGAUUUUGCGGAUGCAGGACGCCAUGCUGAAAUCCACCCCCAGCAAGAACCAGGAGGCUGUGAAACCGCCUGUCCCAGAAGAUAAACCUCCAGAACCGAAAACACAUUCCCUGGUCAAACAGUGUGUGACCUCGUACCUAGAGUCCAGAGAGGGACAGGGAGAGGACGCCACACUGCCUGCUGCCGUUCCUGUGCUGGUAGCCCCUCAAAGAAAACGUCUUCUGAGAGAGGAUCUUCAGGUCAGUGCUGAGGAUGAGAUGGACUAUGAUCCUCCAGCAGAGGGCAGUGUUCUGUACAAACUCUACAGCCUGCUGGACAUUCUGCUCAUGGUGCGCAGCAGUGUGGAGAUCGCUCACCCGAGACAUGACAAAGAGACCUUCAGGGCCGUCCCAGUGCAUGUCUUACCCAAGUUGGAGUAUCAGCUGUGCUACGGAGCCGAGAGUCUGACCCAUACGGAAGCCUGUCAGCUGUGGGCCGAGAAACUUCUGCACUCCAGUACCGUGUCUUUCAUAAGUCGCAUCAAUGCACACACAUCAGAAGUGGCUCAGAUGCAGAAGUUACCUGACGACUGGAUUCAGCACAUCACCUGUGACUUCAAGCCAACUAGAUGUUUAAACACACUCUACCACUUACUGAAAAAAGUCUCAGCUUUACAGGAAGGACGGUACCUGCUGGUCCACAAACCUCGUGAAGGUUUUGUGACCAUCUUCAAAGCCAGCAGUGAGACCAAGGCUGCUCGCAGUUUGUACCACCUGCAGGCUGCGCACUGCGGCCCCCCUGCUGUGUCGCCAGGGGUUCCCUGGGUUCCCCUUGACCCCUUGCAUGUCCUGCCAUUUCACCAGAAACACAACAGACCGCCCUGCACGUUCCCUCCACGUCCACCCGCUACGGCAAAAGUUGGGACAGGACCUAAACAACAGCACAGAAAAAAUGCUGUCAGACCACCACGAGCAACCAGCACAACUAAACCAGCCAAUCCGAAUCAAUCACCUAAAAAGAAGAAUAAAAAAGGCGCUUGUAAGACACAGGGAUGGGUGGACAACGUGAGAGUCAAGCUAAUGAAAGACCUGCAAAAAAGCCAAACUUGUGAAGGUGAAAAGACACCAUCUUGAUUUCUGUACUUUUUUUUUUUUUCCAAAAGCACUUACUACCACUUUAAUAUUAUGUACAACCAACAAAAAACAUUGUGUAUAACAUGUUGUGUAUGUCUAUAUUUUGUAAAUUUUUGUACAUAAUGUUAACUGAAACAGUUAACAUUAAAGUGUUCUAUUUUGUAUUAUUUUGUCAGCAGUAAAUAAAUAAAAAAAUGUCAAUUAAUAUAA